AUGGAGAGUCUCCGCGCAUGGCUGCUCGAUCUCCAUAACCUGCGGUCACGAAGCACUCACGCCAUCAUUGUGCGUAGUAAUCAAGGAGGCGCCCUCUUCCGGCGCACUGAAGUGUUCAGGCUGCGCUGCCUACCUACUCCAGCCUGCUUUUCAUUCCCAGUCUUCUUUCCUGCAAGCCUGCUCCGAGGCCAACUGCAAGAGCGAUCAAUAGAUCUACGACUGCGAGCACGAUCCAGAGCCACUUUCUUCUCUUCGGUGCUACUGCCGCCGAAUGACCUGCCUGCUUCUCCGACCACAAUCCAGACUCCAGGCCUUCAGAUACACGAUUUGAUUCACCAUCUCCUGGAACUUGAAGGCCCUCAGCGUCCUUUGGCACGGCGACUGGGCCGGUGUAAGGUGCUAGCUACUCCUGGUCCAUGGGUCCUGUGUUGUAUCCAUGUCUUGGCUUUGUACCUCCGUACUGUAGACAAUGCUUGCUGUGCAAACUCGCCUAUCGAUGUAUCACAUGAUUCUCAUCAUCCCAACGUGGGGCCCGUAUGCGGGAAGGUGACAUGA